UCCCGGAUCCGCCGGCUGGGAAUCGCGGGUUCCCAGCGCGUCCUGCAGCGCUUCCCGCGCCGCGCCCCCAGCCCAGUGCGCCGGCUCUGUGCGUGGGUGCCUGGGUGGUCGGGAGAAUGAGCCGCAUCUACCACCACGGCGCGCUCCGGAACAAGGCGGUGCAGAGCGUCCGGCUACCGGGGGCCUGGGACCCCGCCGCCCACCAGGGGGGAAAUGGUGUCCUGCUGGAGGGAGCACUGAUCGAUGUGUCUCGGCACAGCAUCUUGGACGCUCAUGGCAGGAAGGAGCGCUACUAUGUGCUGUAUAUCCGGCCUGGUCACAUCCAUCGCCGUAAAUUCGACGCCAAGGGAAAUGAAAUCGAGCCCAACUUCAGUGCCACCAGGAAGGUGAACACGGGCUUCCUCAUGUCAUCCUACAAGGUGGAAGCCAAGGGGGACACUGACAGGCUCACGCCCGAGGCGCUAAAGGGGCUGGUCAACAAGCCAGAGCUGCUGGCACUGACAGAGAGCCUCGCCCCCGACCACACAGUGGCGUUCUGGAUGCCCGAGUCGGAGAUGGAGGCAAUGGAGCUCGAGCUGGGGGCCGGGGUACGGCUGAAGACUCGGGGCGAUGGUCCCUUCCUGGAUUCACUGGCCAAACUUGAGGCUGGAACCGUGACAAAGUGUAAUUUCGCUGGUGAUGGAAAGACAGGGGCAUCCUGGACAGACAACAUCAUGGCCCAAAAGUGUUCGGAGGGGGCUGCAGCGGAGAUCCGAGAGCAGGGGGACGGGGCAGAGGACGAGGAGUGGGAUGACUGAGGGAUGUGGCUGCCUCCGGGGGCACCAGCACCUUCUGUAGCAUUGUUGAGAAUUUCUUCCAUGAACUUCUACUCUGGAGCUGGAGAGAACAGUCAGCCAAGUCUUACCUGGUUCUUCCCCACAGCCACCUUGGAAUACUCUUUGAACAAGCUCUGCUAAAACCAAACCCAUGACCACUGUGUUGGUGGUGGGGCCCCAUGCUGUGGCUCACGGAGGGCCCCUCCCUGCAUGUGAGUCUAGCCUUCUUAGACAUUACAUGAUGACCCUUUAAAAAAAAAUUAGAGAUGGAGGUCUCACUGUGCUGCCCAGGCUGGUCUCAAGCUCCUGGACUCAAGGGAUCCACCCACCUCCACCUCCCAAGGUGUUGGGAUUACAGGUGUGAGCCACCGCACCCGGCCUCAUGUUGACCCUCGCCCUGGAUUGCAGCCUGGUUUUUGGAGGCAGGUGGUGGGAGAGACCCUAGGGCAGCCUGAGAGUAACUGGACCUGGUAUUGGUGCAGAAUGGGGAAUAUCCCUUGUCUAAAUGCAGAGCGGCUGAGAGAAGUUAGCAGGGCUCUUCCUCUGUUCUCAUUGUUUCCUGCUUUCCUUCUCCACCCGCCCCCUCCUUAGCACUCCGUGUUGUAGCCUCUACUAUCCUGCUUCAAGCCUCCGUGUCCCCUGUACCUUCCCCCCGCCUCCCGAGUUGCCAGGUCUUUAUUCCCCCAUUGAUCCCAUGCCACCUCGGGGGUUCCUGUCGUCUGACAUCCCUGGCUGCUUUCCUGGUAGAUGGCAUUCCCAGAGAGGCCAACAGCAUUCCCAGAGAGGCCAACAAUGCUCCCAGAGAGGCCAACAGUGUUCCUAGGUGUGGCUGGCUGGUCUGCAUCUCUCAGACUCACUCUGCCAGGCUACAGUUUUGAGAAUACCUUUUUUGUUGUUGUUUUAUACCUGGAGGACUUUUAAUGAAUGAGUAAAUCUUCAGAAAGGAAUUCCUCCACCCUUACUGGGUUAUUGUCAGGUAUGAACAGCCUUUCAGCUGAGCAAUGUUCCUAUGAGAAGGAAGCCAUUUAUCUUGGGUCGUGAACAUUGCCUUUUUGGGUAGUAUACCCACACCCAGAUCUGUGAAGAGACCUGGGGUUGAAGUCUCCAUGUCAUCAGGACUUUGGCAUGUGGAUCUUGCUUGACUUGGGAAAAGAGAGGGUAGUGGUGAACUAAUAAUUAUGGAGUGCCCCUAAUGUGUCAAACACAAUGCUGGAUGAUUUCCAUGAUAAUAAUUACUCAUACUUGUGCUAAGCACUUGCGAUAGCUUACUUGUCACAACAGUCCAUGAGGUAUUGAUUAUCCCCAUUUUUUCAUGAGACUAAAGCUCAGAGCUCUAGGAUAGUAUACAGUGGCAAGAGGAAUUUACACCCAAGCACCCAGAUUUCAAAGCCCACAUUCUUAACUACUGGACUAUUCAUAUUACAGAGCAGGAAAAGGGUCUCAGAGAGGUUAAGCAACCUGCCCAGAGUCACACAGCUAAUGAGUAGCAGAAUCAGGAUUCAAACCCAGAGCUGUCAAAAGCAAACCUUAUGUUCCUUCCACUGUCCCCUGCUUCCUUACUUUUAAGAAAGGUCUUGGAAACGGGGCCAGAAGACGUGGUAGCCACUUCACUGGUGUUCUGUGUCUGAAUGGGACUUUCUCACAGUCAGGCCAUGCUGGGACCUCAACCAUGGGGGUGGCCAGGGAGGUGGUUGAGCAGAAGGAUAGCUGGGGACACUGACUGGGGGUAGAGUCACCCAGUGUCUUUAGACAUCCUGCUGUCUAAAGCACCGUGCCCAAAGGGUAUGGCAAACUUAUAUAGACAGGUCACCAUUCCAAACAAGGAGGCCCAGUGUGUCAAUAGGAGAGGUCCUAAAGCAACAAAAAAGGCGGGGUGUCUUGGAGGGGCUUCAGAAAGGGAAAGGCCAUUGUGUCUGGAGCUCAGAGAAUGGGGGCUGAUAUUUGAAAUGAAGCUGGAGAUUGGGCAUGGCAUCCUCACGCAUUUCGGGACUUUAUCCUUAACAUCCUGGAAGCCAGUGAUACCAUGAAGAGUGAGAUCUGAUCUGUGUUUCAAAGGUCACUUGACUGCAGAGCAACUGGAAGUGAGGAGCUCCUUUAGGAGACUGCUGCAGUUGCCUGGGUGAGAGGCUAGAGGGUUUGGGCUAUAGCAGUGGCAGGGGAGAUGACAAGAAGAGAAUGGUUUGAGGGGCAUUCGGGGGCAAAAUCAACAGGACCUGGGGGGAGACGAAGGGGUCAAGAAGGAUGCCUAGAUUCUGGGUGAGUGGCAGUGCUGUGGUGCACAAGUAGUGAUGUUAUGGUUCUGGGUGACCUGCUGUUUAGGAGCCCAGCCUAUGGCUAAGAAGUAUAGAGAACUGAAACCAGCUCCCUAGGGAUGGGAAAACCAAGUGGGCUGAUGAUAAGAAUAGGGCCCCAGGGUCAGGUGCAGUAGUAGCUCACGCCUGUAAUCUCAGCACUUUGGAAGGCUGAGGUGAGCGGAUCACUUGAGGUCAGGAGUUCGAAAGCAGCCUGACCAACACAGUGAAACCCCAUCUCUACCAAAAAAUACAAAAAGUAGCUGGGCAUGGUGGCACGUGCCUGUAGUUCUAGUGCCUUGGGAGGCUAAGGCAUGAGAAUUUCCUGAACCCAGCAGGUAGAGGUUGCAGUGAGCUGGGCGACAGAGUGAGACUCUGCCUCAAAAAAGGAAAAAGAAAGAAAGAAUAGGGUCCCAGGCUCAGCAGGUAGGGAAACUGAUGCAAAAUCCUAUUCCCUAGGGCUACGGACUAGGAAGGGAGAAGAUGGGAAGCUGCUGUGGCUCAGAGGCUGCAUGGGCAUCUGCACGGGCAGAUGGUGAGGCCAAAGCCCCUGAUUUUGCUGCGCCUCCUGCCCUGGUCAGGACUGGCUCAGGCAUUAGGGCAGGCCCAGCCAGGGCAGGAGCCUUCCUAGAUACACCUGUGGGGAGCUGAGCAAAUAUGGCAGGGCCGAAACCUUGCUUUCAGGGGCCCCCAUGUGGCUGGCAGGGGCAGCUUUCAGAAGCUAGACUGGAUCCUAUUACUCCCCAGAUGAAAAGUUCAAAUUCCUUAAUACAACUCAGAACUCAUCACAACGUCACAACCCUCCUUUCUUGGCUCGCUUCCUCCUUAAGAGCUCUGCGGCGAUCCCUUCAGACCAGCUCGAGGGAUAUUCCACAGGUUGUUAAUAGGGCUAGAAACAAAAAGCAGUGGUGUUUCUAUGAUCUAAUUUGUUGGAACAAACGUCAUGUUAAACUCAAACAUUUCUGUAGGAUUUCCCAGAGCUUUUACUAUACUAACAUUUACUGUAACACUUCAGGACAGGGUAUGAUUAAGUAUUUCCCACAUUUCUUUGGUCAUAGAACCCGUUUUUGUGAGGAGCAUUUCAUGGGACAGCUGCUCUGAGAAACAGUUUGGGAAGGGCUGUGUUGGUCCCAUGGAGGGGCUGGCCACUCUCCCACUUCCAUCGCCUUGCCUGGACUCUUUUCUUGUUGGGAGGUCCCUUUCCUCUAUCCAUCUGAAUUUCUUUUCUUCCACCAGUGUCCAGCUUGCCUUUCACCAUGGGCCUAAUGAUGGAAAUUGACAGUUAUUUUGUAUCUUCAAAA